CGAGCAUGAGGUACGGUUGUGUCGGCACAAAAUCGGCCCACGAAAGCCGAUAAGUCAUGAAUCAUUAACGCGCGUGUUUACAUAAAUACUUUCGAAUGAGAGUACAUACUUAGUAUGGACAUUAUUUGGUUAUUUAAUUUACAAAAUUGAGAAGAUUUCACUUUACUUGAAGAGCAUUGCAGCAUUUCCACCGCACCGUUUGAAGAGUGUGGACUAGAGAAAGAAGAUAACCAUACAAAAAAAAUCAUAUGUGUCAAAUAUCCAAAUAGAAACAGUAACAAAGCGCGAGUGAGAAGGGUAAAUACGGAUCCUGUGCAAUAGAAAGUGUGCGUUUAAACUUAAAAGCGAACGUAAUUCGGUGAAAGUGACAGUUGAGUGGUUAAAAUGACACCGGGCGUUGUGGAAGAUCACGCCAUGGUGGGCCUCGGUAAUAAUAACGUGGAGCCCCUAAUGCCGCGUUCUACCGUGCAGCUCGAAUUUAAUGACAUACAAUGCUGCAUAAACACAUUCACCAUUCAUAAACUAAAAUUAGAACCCAAGCACAUCCUACGCGGAGUGAGCGGAUGCUUCAAGCCAGGCGAGCUGACGGCCAUCAUGGGCCCCUCAGGCGCCGGCAAGACCACGCUGCUCAACAUCCUUGCGGGUUACUCAACAAAAGGUGCGAAAGGCGAAAUAAAGGUCAACGGUGCGCCGACAUGCGCCUCGCAUUCAACGAGUCGCGGCGGCGCGAGAUACAUUCGCCAGCACGAUGACCUCCGAGUCCAUCUGACCGUGUACGAGUCCAUGGCUCUAGCAGCUGCGCUUAAGCUGGCCGACUUUACCGCGCACGAGAGGAAGGAGAAAGUUUACGAAAUUCUGGCGCUUUUGGGCCUGAGUGGAGCUGCGCGAACCAUGUGUCGCGACCUAUCCGGGGGACAAAAGCGAAGGCUAGCUGUCUCUCUGGAGCUAAUCUCUGAUCCCUCGUUGUUGUUCCUUGACGAGCCUACCACGGGCUUAGAUUCUUCAGCAUCGGCGUCCCUGAUAACAUUAUUGAACGGUCUGGCACGAGGCGGCAGGACUUUGAUCGCCACGAUACACCAACCGUCAGCACUGCUCUUUGAAAAGAUUGACUCCGUGUACUGUCUAGCGAACGGCAGGACUUUGUAUUCGGGACCGAGGCAACAUCUCUUGCCUGCAUUGUCCAGUGCUGGACUCAGGUGUCCGGCUUACCAUAAUCCUGCUGAUUUCUUAAUGGAAGUAGCAUCUGGUGAAUACGAAGUGGACCUCGUGAAAGUUGCAAAAACUGUAACAUAUUAUAAACCAGAACCCAUUGCCGAAGCUAGUUUAGAAGAGUCUGCACACAUGAGCUUAAACAAGGAACUCAAGCAAAAACCUUUACAAAGCAACGCGAAGUAUCAACGGAGUUACUCUAAAAAUAUUUAUAGACCGUCUGGAAAUUUUCGUCAGACCUGGAUUUUACUUUAUAGAAACUAUUUGAUGACGACAAGAAAUUACUCCUUGUUCAUGUACAGAGUGGCGGCACACGUGGUCAUAGCGCUUAUCUUUGGUUAUUUGUACUUCGGGGUCGGCAGCGAAGCGAGCAGUGUACUCGGGAACUAUGUCUACUUGUAUGGAUCUAUGCUACUCGUUGUUUACACUGGAAAGAUGUCCGUGACACUAUCGUUUCCGCUUGAAAUGGAUAUAUUAAAAGGAGAAUAUUUCAAUCGAUGGUAUAACCUGGGACCGUACAUAUUUUCAAUAUUAGCUGUUGAAUUACCAUUUCAGAUGAUCUCUUGUGUGUCAUACGUAGUACUGUCGUAUUGGCUGACAGACAAUCCUCUGGAGCCCACACGGGCGACAUUGUUCCUUGCCACUAUCGUAGCUACAUCACUUUGUGCGCAAGCAUGGGGAUAUUUCAUUGGUUCAACUACACCCACCAAGAUUGCAGUAUUCAUUGGGCCAGUACUAGCGUGUUUGUUCUCCGUUUUCGGCUUCUGUCUGGCGCUGUCGGACACCCCGUAUCCGUUCCGCUGGCUGCACCACAUCUCCUACUUCAGAGCCGGUUUCCACGUUGCCGUUCAUUCCGUCUAUGGCUUUAAUAGGACAAAGAUUCAUUGUGCAAAAGAAUAUUGUCACUACAUAACACCGAGCAAGUUUUUAGUUGAAAUGGACAUGGCGCACGUAGACGUGGGUGGCAACAUGGCGCUCGUAUUGUCCACAACAGUUCUCAUGCACCUGCUCACAUGCGGCGCCCUCUGGUAUCGACUAAAUAAAAGAUGAAAUACAUCACGUUAAUUUCUUACAAGAUCUGCAUUAAAUGUGACUGAAUUAUUAGUAUAAAGAACAAUGUAGUGGUGUUAGUUUAUUUUAAUGAAAUCUAGGUUUAAGUAGAGAAAUUUUAUUGCCUUAGAUUAGUUUAUUUCGGAGACUUUUUAAAUGAAUUUCA